AAUUUUUAUUAAUAUGAAUUUAUGACCACUGCAACAUUACACAAGCAAGUACUAAGAUAAAUAAAUGUACUCUACUCCUAUAUGCUAAGCUGUAUGUACUGUACACUCACUCCUAUAAUAAUAUAUACUUCAAUUAAUUUCAUACCAUUUAACCUUUCCUCUGCUGAUUCUUACUCUCAGAUGAACUGAUUUUGGUAAAGAAUCCAAGUGGGUUCUUCAGGUUUCCUUGUAUACUGUGUUCUUCCCUUCUUGUUUCUUGUAAAAUUAGGACAAGAAUAUACUACUAUGUACCAUGAAUCUAAUCCCUGUUCCCACUAAGUAGAGUUGGGAGUUUGGGGGGCAACUGAUAAGUAUACAUAUAAUCCCACUGCUCUUUCUGGGUUGUGGCCAGAGGAAUUUGAAGCAGCAAGUUUUUACCAGUAUUGACUUGGGAGGUUGAAGAAGGAAAUGGAGGCUGAGGAGGGAGGAAUUGUGAGCAAUACUAACAAUAACAGUGAAGAUGAAAUACUAGGUUCCAGCUUGACCAUGGAGAAAGUUGCGGCUGCUAAAAAGUUUAUUGAGAAUCACUACAAAACCCAGAUGAAAAGCAUUCAAGAGCGCAAAGAACGGCGAUGGAUUCUAGAGCGGCAGUUAGCAGCUUCGGAUGUGCCAAAGGAAGAACAGCUAAAUCGGAUUAAAGAUUUAGAAAGAAAGGAGACAGAAUAUAUGAGAUUGAAAAGGAACAAGAUAUCAGUCGAUGAUUUUGAGCUUCUGACCAUCAUCGGAAGGGGUGCCUUUGGAGAGGUACGUCUCUGUCGGGAGAAAAAGUCGGGCAAUAUCUAUGCUAUGAAGAAACUCAAGAAAUCUGAAAUGGUCAGGAGAGGACAGGUGGAACAUGUUAGAGCAGAAAGGAACUUGCUUGCAGAAGUGGCUAGUCACUACAUUGUGAAGUUGUACUACUCAUUUCAAGAUGCUGAGUAUCUUUAUCUUAUAAUGGAAUAUCUUCCUGGAGGGGAUAUGAUGACAUUGUUGAUGAGAGCAGACACAUUGUCAGAAAAUGUAGCUAAGUUUUAUAUUGCUCAAAGUGUCUUGGCUAUAGAGUCCAUUCACAAGCAUAAUUACAUUCACAGAGAUAUCAAACCAGACAAUCUCCUUCUUGACAAAGAUGGACACAUGAAGCUCUCAGACUUUGGUCUAUGUAAGCCUCUCGAGAUUAGAACUUUAUCUACUCUUAAUGAAAAUGAAGCCAUGGAUGAUGAGAAUGUGAGAGACCCAAUGGACGUUGACAGCUGCUUCCCAGAUGCUAGCAAUGGCAGUAAUUGGAAAAGCCCUCAGGAGCAGCUUCAGCAUUGGCAGAUGAAUAGGAGGAAGUUGGCAUUUUCAACUGUGGGUACACCCGACUAUAUUGCUCCAGAAGUACUGCUGAAGAAGGGAUAUGGCAUGGAGUGUGACUGGUGGUCACUGGGUGCAAUUAUGUAUGAAAUGCUUAUGGGUUACCCACCAUUCUAUUCAGAUGAUCCUCUAACUGCAUGCAGAAAGAUUGUUCAUUGGAGAAAUCACUUAAAAUUCCCAGAAGAAGCCAAAUUGUCCCCUGAAGCAAAAGAUCUUAUAUGCCGAUUGCUAUGUGACGUUGAACAUAGGCUUGGUACUGGAGGAGCUGAUCAAAUAAAGGCUCAUCCCUGGUUUAAAGAUGUCGAAUGGGAUAAACUCUAUGAAAUGGAGGCUGCUUAUAAGCCAGAAGUUAAUGGGGAGCUGGACACCCAGAAUUUCAUGAAGUUUGAUGAGGUAAUGCACAACAUUUGUCUUUCCCUAUUAUUGUAAUCAUUUUUUUGUUUACAUCCUUAGUAUCAAACUAUGUUAGUACUACGUACAUGUCUCGGUUACUGUGACAUUUUUUUUCGUGUUUCUAUGUCGUAAAUAUUCGACAUCUUUGUUUUGGGCUAAAAAGUCUGACAUACUGGACAUCUAAUUUCAUGAGGAGUGAGUUCCUAUAGUCAGUUUACAUGAUUUUCAAAGUUAGAAGUUUGUUGCUUUGUUGGAUGCAAUAAUGCUGAUUAGAAUUGUUUUGAUCUUGGAUAACUUUUGACGUCGUACUUCGCUUCAAGGAAGAUUUCGCAUUUUGGUUUACUUUGAAUUUCUGUAGUUCAUAUUUGUUAUUCAUGGCCUUAUCAUUUGACUGUUUGUCUUUUAACUUUCAAGGCUUCACUAGACGAUGUUUUUGAUAGAAUGAUGCUUAAUUUUGCCUUUUGUUUUGGUUGCGAGCUUCUUCCAAUCUUUGUAUCUCUGAUAGAUGCAUGGACUGAGGUAGUGUAAUUUAAAAUUUUAACUUUUGUUUGGACUAGGUUGAUGCUCCAACACCAACUAGGACUGGCUCAGGACCGUCGCGAAAGGUAUUUAUAAUUAGAUAUCAUAUUAUGAGUUGGAACAACUUCUGUAGUGUUCCCCUUCCCCCUAUUGCAACGUCUUGUUAUAUGACCAGGCUCGUAAACUCUAUGCGUAUGCAUGAGAGGAACUAUUUAAAAGUUGGAUUUUUUUCUGUUUACUUUGUUUCCAUUUGAAUUUUGCAAUUGCAAGUAGAAUGGUUAAUUUUUGUAACUCUGCCGCAAUCAUUGUCUUCUCCGAUUUAUUUGAUAUUGCUUGCCAUCACUGGCCAAUGAGGCUGGUUCUUCUACGUAGCUUGGACAAAUGAUACCCAGUUGUGGUGUACAAUUUGUGGAGUUAUGAUUGCAAACAUUUGCAUUGUGCUUUAUCUUUCAGCUAUGUGUUCUGAUAGUUCUGUUCUUAAACAAAGUUUCAACAUCAUUUACAAUCGUCUUAAAGGCUGCAAUCUUAUUCAUCUUUGUAGCAAUUAAAUCCGAAAGAUUUAAGUUUUGUGGGCUACACGUACAAAAACUUUGAUGCUGUGAAGACACUAAGGAAUUCCUCAGGUGAGUAAAAUGUUUUCCCUCAGCGGCGGUAAUGAUGUGCUUCCUCUCUGGAGGGUGUCUUUUCCUUUUCUUUCAAGUAAAGAUUUCCCACUCUUUAGUUAAAACAUGAAUCUCCCUUUCCUCCUUGGGAGACACAAUGGAAAGCUUGUUGUAACUAUUGACGUUUGCUUGCAUUGGGUACUUCUACAGAUUUGAAUAGAAGCUUAUCACCAGAACGGCCAUCAAUUGAUUCCCCUUUUGGUCAGAUAUUUCACUUUAUUAUUUUUACUUUGAUUGAUCACCCAGUGUUUUUGGGUCGUAGUAUAACAUAGCAUUUGUCUGCAGGUGAAUCCAAAGGGAAUCAUAUCCGGAAAGGAACCUCCGAAGGAGCAGAUGUGCCGAUGUUCACUCCAAUGGAUGAUACCAUGUCACCAUAGCUGAAGUGACAGCUUGCUGCAUGGGUUGGUGGCAUUUGAUGAAGUUGUUGGCCCUUAGCCAUGGUUUCUCAGAGAAACUGCUCUGACUUUUCUUCCUAGUUGUGUCAUUAACUGUACAGUGAUCCCUCCAUUAAGGUUAUUAAAUGCUUAAAUUUAUGGGACAAGAGGACUGCAGGUAGUGAACACCUGUUUCCUUAGAUUUAGGGUUUAGGCUUUCUGCGGUGCCUUUGAUCCCUGGCUGCCCAGGUUGGCAACGGAAUUGUGCUUUGCUUUCUCUUGUGGCAGUUUUGGUAUGAUGAUUCGAAUAGAUCUUGAGAUUACAGAAACUAUUUGACUAUUUCCAUACAAAAUGGAUGGCCAAAAUAUAUGAGGAUUUGAUAUCUUCUUACUUUAACUUGAUACCUUAUGGUCUCCUUUUUUCCUGAGUGUUUCUCUUUUGGUGUUUGUUCCAGUGAAAUUGUUGUAUUUGCAUUGUAGUAAAAAAUUUCAUUAACUUGCAAUAUGGUUCAGCUUUGAGGCUAAUUUGUUGCAAAUGUGAUA